AGCAAAACUAAAGCAAUUCAACGUAUGUUUAUAAAAAACUGUUUACUACAUGCACUGGUGCUGCAAUCUAGCGCAACAAAGUUGCAGUAAUACGUCCUAUUGUACAGGUGCAACGGCAUUAUGGUGUGCAGCGGGCGCCGGUCACUUAGGUAUAGUGAAAAGGUUAGUCCGCGCAGGCGCCAACGUCAAUCAUGCCACAAAGACACUGAGCACGCCCCUCCGCGCCGCAUGUUUCGACGGCCGACUGGAUAUAGUCAAAUACCUGGUUAGACACGGCGCUGACAUACACAAGGCGAACAAAUACAACAACACAUGCCUUAUGAUUGCAGCGUAUAAAGGACAUUUGGACGUGGUUCAGUUUUUACUGGAGAGUGGGGCGCGCGUUGAUGAGCGGGCCCUGUGCGGCGCUACGGCGUUGCACUUCGCAGCUGAGUGCGGUCACGCGGCCGUCGUGUGCGCACUCCUCGAGCGCAACGCUCACAUACUGACCAACGAGAAUGGUAUGACACCGCUGCAAUGCGCCGCGGAACGCGCUCGCGCAUCCGUAGUAGAGAUCCUCGCGGCUCGUCCGGAGGUGACGCGCGCACAGGCGAUCGAAGCGUUCGAACUGCUCGGCGCCUCUUUCGCUAACGACAAGGAGUAUUAUUGCAUCAGGAUGGCGUAUCAGUACCUUCACAGAGCAAUGACUAUGCGGUAUGAUACACGGUAUGGAUUGCUACUGAAGAAACCGGCUGAUCCCAUAGCAGCGUACGACAAUUGGAAAGAGAGCACCACUUUGGAGGAGGUGGAGCGUCUGUCUGGUGACGCGCACGGCUUGCACAUGGAGGGUCUGGCGGUGCGCGAGCGCGUGCUCGGGCGCACGUGCCCGGAUUUGCCGCAUCCGGUUGUGUUUCGUGGCGCGGUGUUCGCUGACGAGGCCCGUUUUGAUCGCUGCUUAGCUCUAUGGAGGCACGCGUUGUUGUUGCGGCAACACAACUCGGUGUCUGUUGUGAAGGAUUUGCUCAGAUUUGCUCAAGUAUUCUCACAGAUGAUUCACAUUGGAAUAGAGCUGCCGCUCGCUCAGGUUUGCUAUGUGUUGGAAGCUUGUGCUGAAGAGUUGAGGAGAGGAACAGAGAGACUAGAAAAACCACAGACUAAUCACGACCCAGACGCUUUAUUAGAGGAGUACGAGAGCAACAUACGCACCGCCCUGUAUUUGGUAGCCGUGGCUGCCAGGUUAUUAGAAAAUCCGGAGAAUACCGAAGAGACAACAUGUUCAGUGAGACGCGCUGUGUUUAGACUGAGAAACGCGCGGCUCAGAUGCGGACAGACAUUGCUGCAUCUCGCCGCAGAUAGACGGACGCCUGUUGAUGACUUCCACACUAGUGAUGUCUGCCAGUUUCCUUGUAUGAGAACGACGCGGUUACUUCUAGAAUGUGGCCUAGAUGUGGACGCAUCGGACGACACGAGGCGGACGCCGUUACACGUCGCCUUGAUAUCCUAUCAGCUUAUACCAGAUGAGAGAGAACAGUGGAGCGAGUCUUUAUGCGCGGUGGUCUGCGAGUUGCUGUCACGUGGCGCGCACGUGGACGCCAUGGAUGCGGACGGGAUAACGCCGCUAGUGGCCGCCAUAGGAGGGCCAGCGGAGUCCGUAAUCCGCGCCGCUAUAAGGCCGCGACUCGCGUGCCUGGCGGCCGCCGCUAUGGCGCUGUCAGGCGCACGGUACCGCCCCGCCUCGGUACCGCGCGACCUGCACUCGUUCCUGCGCAUGCACGGUGUACGGCCGCAUUAGUGUAUACCUACCACUAUUACGUUAUACGCAACGACCACGAAACACAACCAGUUAGAGUAACCGAAGAUAAUGCAAUAUGUUUUACUUUUUAGCGAGAAAUGAAGUGUAUUUCAUCUAUUAUGUACGACGAUUUUUCAUGUGUAAGAAAAAUAAAAAUCGAACGGUUAUUUAUUUAUUUAAGAUGAACGUAACAAGUGAUAACAACAAAUUAACAGUGUACCUACAGUUAUAUUUAUCAAAAUUGUAACCCUUCACAUGUAUACGCAUAGGAAAAUCAAACGAAAAAAUUAUUAGGGUACUUAAUGAACCUUACAACUUGUAUAAAAAUGAAUGACAUCAAACAUAUAUAUAAUGAUAAAUCUUACAUUUAUAAUAUAAGGACCACUCGAAGCCAAUUUGUUAAGAAUGAGGUAUCUUAUUCAAUGUACGUUUGGCGUUCGUUCGCUCACUUUGUUGUCAUCUCAUAAAAGAAGUUAAAAAAAAGAAUUGUUACGAAGUAUUUUUACGUAAUAAAUGGACGACGACAUUUAUAUGAAGUUCAAAAUAUCGGAAAUGUUAAUGUCCUAAUUACAGUUUUACAGUUUAAUCGCUUAAGAGGUGCAGGCCUAAAAAUUGACAUUUAUGCUCGAUGAUUUUUUGUGUUCACAGUACAGAUCUGUUUGGGUUCUGUGGUACCGACUGAUCCAGAUCUUUACACCUCUGUUGACAGAGUAGAUUGUGUUCAAUGGUAUUACACCGGCUCUAUAAUGAAUACUUUUUACAAAAAACUACCAGUGUUUUCGUAUUGUCUGCUGAAUGUUAAGUACAUUUUUGUAGUAUAAUUUUAUUGGUAUCAAAUACCAUUGGUUUGAUGUUGGAUUUAAGUUUGAAUACUUUGUAAACCCAGUUUUGU